AUUAACCGGUUCCGCACAGUCACGGCACUUUGCUUUGUUGUCAGACGUUUUGCGAAACUUGGCUCGGUUGUCUUCCGACAGAAAAGCAAAGUUUGUGUCGCCAUGUCUGCCAUAAAGUACCCGGAAGCUAGGAGAGACGACUCUGCCAUAGAUGACUACCAUGGCACGAAGGUUCCGGAUCCCUACUCCUGGCUAGAGGACCCAGAUGGGGAAGAGACCAAGGCUUUUGUGGAGGCCCAGAACAAGAUCACCCUCCCCUACCUGGAGAAAUGUGCCGUCAGGAAACAGUUCCAGGCCAGGCUGAAGGAGAUGUGGGACUACCCCAAAUACGGCUGCCCCUUCAAGAGAGGGUCUCGCUACUUCUACUACUACAACACUGGGCUCCAGAACCAGAGUGUGUUGUAUGUGCAAGAUUCCCUCGACGCAGAAGCCAAAGUCUUCCUGGAUCCUAACAAGUUCUCGGAGGAUGGUACGGUCAGCCUGCGUGGGUCGGCCUUCUCCGAGGAUGGGGAGUACUUCGCAUACGGAAUCAGCAAGAGUGGGUCCGACUGGGUCACUAUCAAGUUCAUGAAGGUUGCUGGAGCAGAACAGCUGCCGGAUACUCUGGAGUAUGUCAAGUUCAGCUGCAUGAGUUGGACUCAUGAUCACAAGGGCUUGUUUUAUAAUCGUUUUCCAGAACCAGAGACAAAAGCUGAUGGAACUGAGACUACAGCAAAUCUGCAUCAAAAGCUGUACUACCAUGUGAUCGGUACUGACCAAUCAGAGGAUGUUCUGUGUGGGGAGUUUCCAGACCACCCAAAAUGGAUGCCUGGUGCUGAAGUAUCGGAUGACGGCAGGUACGUUAUCCUGGCGAUCAGAGAGGGGUGCGACCCCGUAAACCGGCUCUACUACUGCGACCUUCAAACCGUGGACUACAAGGUCACGGGAAUUCUUCCAUGGGUCAAAGUGGCGGACAACUUUGAUGCAGAAUAUGAGUACAUUGCAAACGAGGGAACACUGUUCACCUUCAAGACCAACCUGAACGCUCCUCGCUACAAACUCAUCAACAUCGACUUCAGCAAACCAGAAAUGGACCAGUGGACGGACCUUGUAGCAGAGAGUGAAACAGAUGUGAUGGAGUGGACGGCCUGUGUUAACCAGGACAAGCUGGUGCUCUGCUAUCUGCAUGAUGUCAAGACAGAGCUGUAUCUGCACGAACUGAAGACAGGGAAGCGUAUCACCACCUUCCCGCUGGACAUCGGCAGUGUGGUGGGGUACUCUGGCAGGAAACAGGACUCCGAGAUCUUCUACCAGUUCAUGUCUUUCCUUACCCCUGGUGUCAUCUACCACUGCGAUCUCACCAAGGACAAACUGGAACCAACGGUGUUCCGUCAGAUCAAGGUGAAGGAUUUUGACCCCAGCGGCUUCCAGACCGACCAAGUGUUCUUCAGCAGUAAGGAUGGGACCAAGGUGCCUAUGUUCAUCGUGCACAAGAAGGACAUCCCCCUUGAUGGUACCCACCCUGUUCUCCUCUAUGGUUAUGGAGGUUUCAACAUUUCCAUCACUCCUUCCUUCAGUGUCUCCAGGAUUGUCUUCAUGCUUCACCUGGGUGGGAUCCUAGCUGUACCAAACAUUAGGGGCGGAGGUGAGUAUGGAGAAAUCUGGCACAAGGCUGGUACAAAGGAGAAGAAACAGAACGUGUUUGAUGACUUCCAGGGGGCUGCUGAGUACCUCAUCAAGAACAAGUACACCUCAGCUUCCAAGAUCACCAUCAAUGGAGGUUCAAACGGAGGACUGCUGGUUGGAGCCUGUGUGAACCAGAGGCCGGAUCUGUUUGGCUGUGCCGUCUCACAAGUGCCUGUUAUGGAUAUGCUGAAGUUCCAUAAGUUCACCAUCGGCCACGCCUGGACGACAGACUUUGGCUGCUCUGACAACAAGGAGGGCUUUGACUACCUCAUCAAAUACUCGCCUCUUCACAACAUCCAGACCCCGAGCGACUCGGUGGUCCAGUACCCCGCUAUCCUGUUGUUGACUGGUGACCACGACGACCGAGUCGUUCCACUCCAUUCCCUCAAGUUCAUCGCUCAACUACAACACACAGUGGGGAGCAACCCCAAACAGACCAACCCACUGUUCAUACGUGUUGACACCAAGUCAGGGCACGGCUUCGGGAAACCAACAGCAAAAGUUAUUGAGGAAACUUCGGAUAUCUACGCUUUUAUCGCGGAAAACUUGAAGUUAGAAUGGCGGGAUAAGUGACUGAUAAUAACUCAAGGAAGGUUCAAGAAACACUUCUCUAAUCUUUGAUGACUGUUUUUCUAACAGUCUCAGGUCAAAUAUCACAACUAACACUAAAACUUUUCUAAUGGAUGCACGGUUAGUAUUACUAAUAAUUCAUAAACUGUUUCUACUUCUUGAAACGUCAUUGGAAAAUUCAUCAUGUGCAAGGCGGCAUGUUGAUAUGGUGGAGAAUUUUGAUGGCUACGACCCUUUUGUUAAAACAAAGGGUUUAUUUUUGCCACAUGAAUGGCAAAUACAUGUAUAUGUAAGGACCAUUUGUAGAAUUACGUAAUGUAGGCACAUGUCCCAAAAGUGUGUUUAGAUACUUUGCUAGCUGUCUAUCAGCCUAAACUCAUUCAUAUGGACCACUACAGUUAUUAAAACCUCUUGUGCUUGGACACUAGCUCAAUAUGUUUAUUCUUCUUGCUGACAACAAGUGUUUGUUGGGUGAACAUUACACAUAAUUUUGGAUGAA